CCCUCCCAUCCCGUCUGCCUUUCAGCUGAUGAUGCAUGUGGCAGAAUAGGCUUGGAGAGCAUCGCUAUAGCAACCGCAAACAGAAAGACACUUCAGAGCAAUCUCAAAGAGGAAAUGUGACCUGGGCCAUUACACAUCUACAAGCCCUAUAAGACAACCGGAUCACUGCUAAAGGUGAGCAGCAGAGGGCCGGCGAAAGCGACAAGCAUGUCGUGGUUUAGCUGGAACGAGCCGUACUAUCGGAGCCCACGACGUGAGCCCACUGAAGUGGUUACGGACACACUGAUGCUGGAGCUGAGCUGGCAGAUGAAGGAGGCAGAGAGGCUGCAGCGGGAGCGAGACAAUGAAUAUCGGCGGCUGAAGAGCGGCGUGGACUACAGCUGGCUCGUGAGCACCCCACGCAGCUCAUUUGACAUCAGUCAAGGAGAGAGACUCGGCCUUGAGGACCUGUGUAGCAAAGUACCACCAUCAUACUGCGGAUCGGUAAUACAAAGGUUUCGGCAGGUGCUGAUGGAGAAUGAGCCUGAGCUGCAGGAGGUUUCUGGACUCUUCCGCUCUGUGCUUUUGGAAACACUUGAGCGUGUUCAUGAGGAGCAGGAGGCUCAGCGUCUGACCCACCAGUGGAACAACAGACGCUCCAUAAGCCUGUCGCUGAUGAGCUUCAAGUCUCGCGUGCGGAUCAACCCUUUCGGCAGCACCUUGGGACUGAAAUCAAACAGUUAUGGCUCGGAGGAAGAUGGAGAGAAUGUCAAGACUGUGUGUGGGGAUGCUGAGAAGGGCUUUGGUCAGACAACAGAGAAAGUGCAGCGUGUGUGGAGCAUGCCAGAGUUCCGACACAAGGGAAUCAAUGGGAAAGCUUGAGUGUCUGGGAGUGGGAUUCAGCAGGAUCUGGUCCAGUCAACGACUGUCUGAUAUUCCCAGCAUCACCUUCACUUUCAGUGUAUUUAUAUUUCCAGAAGAAAUGAGUUAUGUUGAUGUUGGGAAAUAAAACUCAAGUCUUAUAAGCAAAGCACCAUAAAUCAAUAAAUCUGCUACAAGGACUAUAGAGCAAAAAGCCACACUUUUCAUUUUUGACUAAAUGUGCAUAUAUGCAGUAAAUUCCUAAAACAGGAAACCAUAUAUAUUCCUGAUCACUCAACAUCGGUUUCAUUGUGUAUGACAAGUUAUUCUGAAAUAGUACAGCUGCCUAAUGUAUCUUGUGAACUUUAGAAAAAAAAAGGGUUUUAAAAUGGACGUUCUGUUUUACAAAAAUAAUUCCAGCGCAGGCCAACUUUUGUAAUAUUGCCCCAUUUUUCAAAAUAGGUUGUGCUGUAUUUGGUGUGGAAAUGCUCAGAUGCUUGUGAUGUGCAAGUGUGUAAGUGAUGACCUGUUGUGAAACAUUUAAAUGAAUUUUAUUUCAUUACUUUGUCAAUUGAGCUAGUCAGUGUAACUGUAGAAUGUAAACGUAUAAAAUCAAUUUCAUUGUGCUGAAAAAUAAAGAUUUAUGCACAUAUGCUUCUAGUGUUUGUGAUUCUGCGACAGCGACAUGGCAUCCUAUAUUUUAAUACAAAUGCCUCAGCUAUAUGGUAUCAAAACUUUCACAAAUAUUUUCAAGAAUGUAUCCUCAAUACAUGAAUAUAGGGAGAAGAUAUUGCAAAACGUUAUGCUAUUUUGCAGAGGUUCUGAUGAAUAUUAUAAUAUAGCCAACACCUGUUGACAGAAGAAAUUGUAUAAGGCUAGGCUGCAGAUUAAUAUUAUUCAUGCAGUAACAGACCCUGUGCGAAACAAGCAUACCUAAAUACACUUCUCCAACUAUCUAAAUGAUUUUGUUAACUGUUAAAAACCAUGCCAACCAAUUUCUAACAAAUGUUUAUGCAUUUGGUAUAAAAAAAUAAAUAAAGGGACACCAACUGGAAAUUUAUUUAACAGUAUUGUUAUCAGCACAGUCAAAUGCACGUGACUCAAAAAAGCAGAUCAUGAGAUUUUAACUACCUGCUAGCGGUGCCUCUGCAUUUGGCUCAACAAAGUAAAUACACAGAUUAGCAUGGGAUAACAAGAAACAGCACUGGAACUACACGACUACAAUGUUGUUUCAAAUUUGAACUUUUUUUUAUAUAUAUAUAUAUAUACACAACCUUCUCCCUGGUAAACCAGCACAAACUGUUCAUAAACGAUUUAAAUCUUUCUGAAAAAAUCCUAAGAAAUCUGGACUGAUUCUGUUAUGUACUUGAGGUUUGAAUUUAAAAAUGAGAAUACAAGAAUAAUUAUUUUUUACAAUUUCAGUAACGUAACAAUGUUACAGCCAUGCUACAGUUCUCAGAAGGUAGAGUUAAUUAGACAUAAAAUAUAAGUAUUUCAGGACACAGUCUGGAUAAAAAAAAAAAAAAAAAAAGAGGACAACAACCAUCCACAUGGAGUUUAUGGUAAGGAAUUGUCAACGUAUAACAUCAGGCAACAACAUUAAUAGUUGAAAAUGGUCUUUCCCUGAGUGGUGGUCAGGCGAUGAAAAA